UUUAAAGCUGAGUUCACAAGAAUGACAGUCUCAAGAAUGUGCACUUUGGCUUGGGAUGGCCCUCCUGGCCUCAGAGUGUCCGCUGAUCGUGGUGAAGCCAGAUGGUGUCCAGCAGUGGCUUGUGGGGGAGGUGAUGGAGAUGAAGAUGCUUCAGGUGCCUGAGAGUGUCAUUGCUGAGCAUUAUCAGGACCUGCAGGAGAAGCACUUCUCCCCGACCCUCCUCAGCUACAUGAGCUCUGGACCCAUGGUGGCCACGGUCUGCACAUCAAGGGCUAUGAUAAUGGCCACCGACUCCUAUGAAGCUGCCCCCAGGACCAUCUGGGGGGACGUUAGUGCCCACAUCAGCAGGAAUGUCAUCCAUGCCAGCGAUUCCAUUGAGGGGGCCAUUUAAACCAAGUUUUCUGGCCACCAGGUG